AUGGACGAUUUUCUUGCACCGGUUCAGGAUGUUUUGGAAGGACAAAUCGACUUCCACGGUCAACGCAUCGCCGAAUAUCUGUCGACCGCUCUUUUGAUCCUCUCCGGGUUUAUCGCUUUUCUAGUCGGAUACAUCAAUGAAGACAUUCAUCUUACACUCUGGGUUGGUUUGGCGGGCACAAUUAUCACAGGAUUAGCUGUCAUUCCUCCAUGGCCUAUGUUCAAUAAGAACCCAGAAAGAUGGCUCGUUCCUGUGGCUGGGAUCGCUGCCGGUGUCACGGUAGACGGAGUGAAGGUUGCAUGA